AUGCCGAGAAGAAGGUUUGAUAAAAAAACCGCUACAACAUAUAAUGUUGUUCAUAGGGCUCACGAUGACUCACUCUUCUAUGAUAAUGAUGUUUCUAAACAUGUAUUAGUUCCAGCUCCAACUAAACCCAGCAAUUCCAAAAAAAAGAUUUACUCUCUAGAAUCCUUAAAGCUGAAGCUUGGAGAAGACCAAGUUGAAAAUAUUAGAGAUAAUGAAGGAUUGGCUGCGCAAUAUGGUAUAUUUUUUGACGAUUCAAAGUAUGACUACAUGCAACAUUUGAAGCCCAUGGGUCAGAGUGAGGGCGAAGGUGUAUUUGUUGAGGCAAAACCUGAGAAAGAAUCAAAGCAUUCUAAAGUUAGCAUCGAAGAUCUAUUUGGAGAUCAAAUACCAUCAGAGAAAAAAAGAACGGUAGGCUUUGAUGCGACACAGAAUAUACCGGACGAGCUUCAAGGUUUCAAUCCAGAUUUGGAUCCGAGACUAAGAGAAGUAUUAGAAGCAUUAGAGGACGAAGAAUAUAUUGCAGAAGCAGAAGAAGAGAAAGAUUUUGAGAAUCUAUUACAAUCAGGGGAAGUAGAUGAACAUGAAUUUUACGAUUAUGAAGACGAUGAAGAUUGGGAUCUUGAUAACUACGACGAUAUCAGCGAGAAUUUAGAAUCUGAUUCUUACCAAGAACCAGAAUUACCAUAUAAUGAGGGCGAAGCUCCGGAAGAAUUGAACGUAAAUCCAGUUUCAUUUUUUGAUAAGAAUUGGGAGAAGGAUUUCAAGAAAUUCAAGAAAGACACUCAGAAUCAAAUUAACGAUUGGGAUUCAGAUGACGAUUUUGAAGCAUCGGACGGGGAUGUAGUCGCUGAUUUGCCGGAUCUUAGUGUCCAGAAGUCUAAGAAAAAGGUUUCAAAUACCAAGGCAAGGAAGAAGAAGGGUGCUCUCUCGGAUACAUCGUCUUUCUCAAUGUCCUCUUCGGCUCUUUUUCGGACAGAUGGUCUCACUUUAUUGGAUGACCGUUACGAGCAGCUUGCAAAAAAAUUCGAAGAGAGUGAUCAGGAAGAGGAAUAUAAACCCUUUUCAAUGAAAAAUGAAAGAAAUGAUCUCGAAGAUAUGUUGGAUGAUUUCCUAGACAAUUAUGAACUUGCAAACGGGGGCCGUAAACUUGUAAAGAAAAACGAGGAGAAAGAACGCAUACAAAAGGCUGCAGAUUCUGUAUCCAAGAGUAAAUUGGCAGCUAGGAGACGGAAUGAAACGAACUCGUUGGGAAAAUUAGGAAACUCGUUGGGAAAAUUAGGAAACUCGUUUGGUAAUUUAACCAUUUAG